CAUCCCUCUCAUUCUUAUUCCCCCCAAACUUUCCCUCCUCAUCAAGCUAUCUAAUUCACUGAGACUCAUAUCCGAUCAGUUGCAUCAUUCAAGGCUUGCAUAAGCCUCCUUUUCCAUUGAGCGCCUUUACGCAAAGGUCCAACUUCAUCCACUUCAUCGAGUUCAUCUAGUACACAAGAGUCGACUGCAUCGAUCCACUGAAACUGAGCUUCAGCAUGUCCUCCAAGUUUUUACCCCUAUUGGAAUCGGCCCAGAGUCUCACGCCCGCGCAACAAAGGGGCGUGGCUGCCAUUUUGGGGGCGUGUGUGGCGGAUGCGGCGGCCCGACCUUUGCACUGGGUCUACAGUCAGAGCGAUUUGAAGACCUACAUUCAGGAUCGGGCGGAUCGACCGGAUUUCCUGCCUCAGAGUCGGUCGCCCUUUUACACGUUGCCCACGGGCGAGAACUCGUGCUACUUCGACAUCGCCCACUCCGUGUUAGGGGCCUUAGGGGGCGGGGAGUAUGAUUACGACCGGAUUUGCCAACGGUUCUUGAGCGAUUUUGGUCCGGGCACGCGAUAUGACAUGGCUAAACGGGAGGAGUACAUGCAGCUCCGCAGGGAGGGCCGGAUUGACGGGCCGAUUGAGGGCAAGUGGAUGCACGGGGCCUUGAUUAAGUUCAUGGAGAACCGGAAGGCGGGACGCAGGCCGUAUGGCAAUGACCAUAUCAAGGAGACGGAUGGAUUUUGCGCGGCCUUGCCGGUGGUGGCCAAGUUUGCGGGUCAAGCGAGUCUCAAGGCUCGAGUGGAUGAGGUGAUUCAAACCUUGUCCAGCUGGCCCACGGCCGUGUCCCAUGGGCACGUGGCGGCCCGGAUUGUGGAACAGUUCAUCUUGGGACACGAGAAUGCCAUUCAAGAGGUGCGGGCCCAGGUUAAGGACGAGUAUCCGGAUGUGUAUCGAAGUCUUGGAGUGGUGGAGGACAAGUUGGGCCUGGAUCAUGUUCAGGCCGUUCAAACCGUAUUUGGUAGCCCGUGUUAUAACCCGGGGUCGUUUCAAGGGGCGUUACACGCUUUUCAACGGGAGGAGUCGUUCCCGGAAGCGGUUCGAAGCACGAUCCGGGCGGGUGGUUGUAAUUGCUCACGGAGCUUGUUCAUUGGGGCUUGUGCGGGUGCCAAGCACGGUUUAGACGCCAUCCCCAUGGAGUGGCUGGAGAAAACCACCGACGCCGAAACGGUUUUCAAGCAAGCUUUGGCAGCCUUUGGCAAAUGAGCCAUGUUAUUUGUGUUUAGGUCUGAUCCUGCGAAUAAAAUUGGGAUGUUUCUGUGCUUGA